AUGGGCUGUCGAGUCUGUCGCGCGCGCAAGGUCAAGUGCGAUGGCCGCCCCAACGGCUGCCGCAACUGCGAGCGCCUUCAGCUAGACUGCGUCGCCGACGACGGCACGCCCGCCGCCGCGGCCGUCGUCAAGCGCGCCUCGUCGGCGGCGGCCUCGGCUGUCGCUCUCAAGAAGAUCCGCACGUACCGCUCCUGCAACGCCUGCCGCCUCUCCAAGACCAAGUGCGACGGCGACCGCCCCAAGUGCGGACGCUGCAUCGCCAAGACGGUCGAGUGCGUCUACGACGGCGGCGCCGCCCCGCGCUGGACGCGCAACCUCGACCGCCCCUCGCUUGCUGGCGGCGCAGAUGCUGUGAAUGCUGACGGCAGCGGCGGCGGCGGCGGCGGCCUGCUGCCCACCGUCGAAAAGGAGCGUUCCGCGUUCCUCGCUGGUGAGAGGCGCAUGCCGCCGCGUCAGGAUGACACGCCCGCCCACUCUGACACCGGAGGGGAGGGAUCGCAGAGCGGCCAGGAGGGAAAGUCGACUGUAUCAAUCCCAGAAGGGCAGUCUUGGCUUGUCUCUCCCAAACUCCCCAGCGGCCGCAAUCUGCGUCGCGUUGUUGAGCAGUACUUUGCAAAUAUACAUCCCCUGCGGUGCUUUGCCUUUGUCCACAAGCCCACGUUUAUGCGGCAGCUCGAUAAUGGUCUGACCACGGACGACGAGUCUGCGCUGUUACACAUUGUCUGCGCCCACGGGGCCAAAUUCCACGCUCUGAGCGUCGUUGGCAAUCACGCAACCAAAACCAGCUUAAUCUCGGCUGCUGGAAAACACUGGGCCAAGCGUGCCGAGUAUCUGCUGCUCGCCAACAACUUUGGCAUAAUUUCUGUGCAGCGUCUAAUGACCGUCAUUUUACUACACGAAUAUCACUUCCGCCAGGGCGAAUACUCCCAAGCCCUGAUGAUGAGCGGGCUGGCUGUGCGCAUGGCCCACGCCCUCAAAAUUAAUUCGGAGCAUUCCCCCGACAUCAUGUGUUCCGAUGCCACUGAGGCUGCCCCAUCUGUGGUCUCUCGCGAGAGUCGCCGUCGACUCAUGUGGGCAUGCUACAUCCUCGAUGCCUGGGCGGGCAGCGGGAUCGAUCAAUUGACCUUGCUGCGUGAGAAUGACAUCAAGAUUCAGCUGCCCUGCAACGAGAGAAACUUUGGUCUCCGGAUUGCGUCCGUCACCGAAACCCUCGGAGUCGGCCAUGUGCUGCAGUUUCUGCCUCCGUCGGUGGUGCCGCGCCGACCAGCCGAGAACAUGGGCAUAAUGGCCUACUACAUCCGCAUCGUGACUCUCUGGAAGAAGAUUGUUCGAUACGUCAACAGGCUGGAUUCGCGCCUCGAUGUUAGCCCACCGCCCUGGCAGCCCGACUCUGAUUUUGCUGCUCUGGAUGCCGAUUUACGGCUGUGGCGCAGGGAACUUCCCGAUUUUGUCGAGUAUUCGGCUGAGACGAUUUAUGCGCGUCUGGACUCCAACCAACUCGGCGCGCUCGUUCUCAUCCAUUGCACCUAUCACCACAAUUACUUGGAGCUGUACAAGCUCUCCAUGCCCGAUCUGUUCAAGCUCUCCAAGCCCUUGUCGAUCCCACCAGAGCACCAGGAUUUCUUCCAUGCAGCGCAGGCCGACUGCUAUCACCAUGCCCAGCAGAUUGCCGACAUACUGGCCGAGGCGGCCGACCACGGUGUCAGACUGCUCUCGGACAGUCUGCUACCGUACUUUGUCUACGACAGCAGUAGGGUGAUGCUCUACUACGUGGCACGCCUGCUCGACCCUCAUAGGCUCGACGCGCAAGACAAGGUGCGCGAUGCAAUCAACGCAGUGGAGAGCAAUAAUCGCGUGCUGCGGAUGAUGGUAGCGCUGUUCCCGAUUGCGCAAUUACUGUCCACCACAAUCGAGAGAUGGCUGUUUAAGCUGAAACAGGCGACAAACAGGGAGGAUCUCGUGAGCAGACUGCAGUCGGAAACGCGCAUCGACAUUCCCGGCGCUGUAUUGUUCACCGCAAGGCCCAACAGCCCUCCCAGCAGCCCGCAAGACAACAGCGACCUUACGCUGCCGUCCAUCUCGCUGCACUCGCUCGCGGCGCGCCCCGACCUCGUCGGUGCCCGGCGUGCCGCCGCCGCCCCCGAGCGACCGCCGGUGUCCGCGCCGGGCCUGAGCUGGAGCGUGCCGACGGCGUCGCCCGCCAGCUCCGCGUCGUGGGACCACAUGAACGCGGCGCACGGGCUCGCGGGCCUGAGCAGCCAGGACGCGGCGGCGGUGCCACGGUCGGGGCUGCAGCACGAGCGCCCCGUGGCGAUGCCUGCACCACCCCCGCGACGAUCCGCGCCCACGGCGCCGAUGUACGAGGCGCUUGACCUCGACGACCUGCAGAACUUUUUGUCCUGGGACAUGUACGGCGUCCGCGAGAUGGGAGACCCUAUUACGGACGACGGUGCGGACGACUUGGGGAUGCAGGCGUGGGCUGGCGCCAUCUAA